AUGUCGAUCAAUCGGGAAGAUAUGAAUGAGGUACGCUUUAUGCACUCCCUCGCAUUGAACGAGGAGGGUAUUCUAAAAAAGAAGGAAGUAGAUAAGAUAGUGGAUCUCAGAUCCAAGUACGCACGUGCCGAGUUCGCUGCCAACACUGAGACGACAUUGGCCUUGUCGACUCUGCAAGCUGAGGUUGUCGAAUACCUCUCUGAUCUCGAGAUCAAGAUUCAUCAUCGUAAAUCAGACCAUCCCAGAGUAUCGCAUAAGUGA